GCGAUAAUCUCAAAUUUUUGUUAAUUUCACGGGAAAUAUUAAAUAAAAAAUUGUGCUUUUUAGCUCCAUAGUUGUAAAACUCCAUCCUAUUAAAACGCUCACAACUACGGACACGACAAAUUCGCACAACAUUACAAUAUGAGUUUACAGAUGCCGACGGUAAAUCUUAAUUUAAUUAAUUUUUUGCCAAACAAAGAUGAGUGCACAAUAAAAAAUGUGUGGAAUCAUAAUCUUCACGAAGAGUUUCAAGUAAUACGUAAGGUCGUUCAGAAGUUUCAAUGGGUUGCGAUGGAUACAGAAUUUCCAGGAGUUGUAGCGAGACCCAUAGGAGAAUUCCGAUCUACAGCAGAUUACCAAUACCAACUUCUUAGGUGCAAUGUAGACCUACUGAGGAUUAUUCAACUAGGACUAACAUUUAUGGAUGAAAAUGGGAGAACUCCGCCAGGAUGUACUACAUGGCAAUUCAAUUUUAAAUUUAAUUUACAAGAAGACAUGUACGCACAGGAUUCAAUAGAUCUACUUCAAAAUUCUGGACUUCAAUUCAGGGAGCACAUGGAACAUGGGAUUGAACCCAUUGAGUUUGCAGAGUUGUUGAUGACUUCAGGUAUUGUUUUAAUGGAUGAUAUAAACUGGCUAAGUUUUCAUUCUGGCUAUGAUUUUGGAUAUUUAUUGAAGAUAUUAACCGAUCAAAACUUACCACUAGAAGAGAAUGAUUUCUUUGAGACACUACGCUUAUAUUUUCCUAAUGUUUAUGAUGUCAAGUAUCUCAUGAAACUAUGUAAAAGCCUUAAAGGUGGCCUGCAGGAAGUAGCGGACCAGCUGGAGCUGCGGCGAGUUGGUCCUCAACACCAGGCCGGCUCCGACUCACACCUCACAGGCAUGGCAUUCUUCAAAAUUAAAGAGAUAUUUUUCGACGGCAACAUUGAAAGUACAAGCGGUCAUUUGUAUGGUUUAGGAGCACCAUCUCCUAACGGAAACAACUCUCAGGACGUCGAUAAUGAUAAUUCAUCUUGAUUUUAAACAUUGUAUAGUUAAUUUAAUAAAUACUUAAUUUCAAUAUUGUGAUUUUUAUGUACCUGAAGUGUGCAAUGCAUAGAUUUAUGAUUAUUGACAUGUUAAAAAAGAAUAAAGUGGUGCUUC